AUGAAGGCCUUCGAGAUGGUCUUGGAUGUCCUAGGGCUUGAUCGGAACGACAGACAGGUCACGUCAUUCUCCCAGUCCUACCUCCGCGGCAACGGCAUUACGACGGCACAACAGAUCCACGAUAUCCUAGCCUUGGAGAAGGACUUCAUGUUCCGCUACAUGCCUCUGAGGGAGGCCAAGAAAUCCACGGCCUCAGUCAUCCCUUCUGCGACGAAAUCUGGUAAACGCAAGAGGGUGAAUGCAGACGAGGAAGAUGCUGGAGAUGACGAGGGUGACGUUGUGGAGGCCAAGUCGAAGAAGGAGAAGUCUAGUUCGAACGGGACGAAACCGCCGGCUGUGGUUACUCAGCCUGUCACUAAAUAA